CCUGUAGUGACAUGCUGCUCAGAUACUAUGAGGCUCAAGUUAUGACUUUAGUAUGGCUGAUCAAGGUCCAUUUUUAACUUCAUGUAUAAUUUUUUAUCUAUCGAUCGGGGCGGCAAUAUUUCAAAUCAUUGAAGAGCCAAACUGGCAAUCAGCCAAAUCCAAAUAUGUGUUGGAAAAGAAAAACAUUUUGGACAGAUAUACCUGCUUAACAAAGGAGGAUCUGGAUAAUAUCUUGGAGAUAGUGUCUGAGGCUGCUGGCCAAGGUGUAACUAUCAGUGGGAAGAUGCAUACCAGUGCCUGGGAUUGGUCCAACUCUGUCAUCUUUGCUGCCACUAUUGUCACUACCAUAGGUUAUGGUAACGUGGCUCCAAAGACUGUUAAAGGACGUGUGUUCUGCAUUCUGUAUGGUCUUUGUGGCAUCCCACUGUGUUUGGUGUGGAUAAGCGAGCUGGGUUCGUUCUUCGGAGACCGGGCCAAACGUCUGUCCCAGGUCCUGAUUGGUAAAGGUGUAACAGUGAAAAAGGUCCAGUUCAUCUGUACAGCCUUAUUUCUUUUAUGGGGGCUGUUGGUGCACCUGGUGAUCCCUCCAUUUGUUUUCAUGUCUCUGGAAAAUUGGAGCUACCUGGAAGGCCUCUACUUCUCAUGCAUCACCCUCACCACUGUUGGCUUUGGAGACUAUGUAGCAGGUGUUAAUCCAAACAUAACGUACCCUGCCCUGUACAAGGUUUGUGUGCAGGUGUGGAUCUGCAUGGGCCUGGCCUGGCUUUCUCUGUUCUUCAGCUGGAAUGUCCACAUGGUGGUGGAGGCCCACAAGGUGCUAAAGAAAAGGAGACUGAGGCACAAGUCCGUCCUGGACGAGCCAUUCCAGAAUGUCGAAGACAGACACAGCCCAGUUGCAAGACCCACUGCUGUCGACAUCUUCAAAUUUCUUUCUGAGAAGGAGGAAAACUACAGCACUGUCAUCAAGGAGAUUGGAGAGUCAGCAAAGAAGAGAAAGCUGUCGGACAGCGCAAGUCGUUCCAAGAGUUGCAGUGACAUCUUGGCGACUAACAUCCUAACUCUGGAUCAUUCUCCACGGCAGAGACGCAGACUCAGUAUCAGUGCAAUGUUCAUCAAAGAACAGCCAGAACCAGACACAGCUGAAAACGAGGGCCUUACUCUUCUCCUGGACAGCAGUCAAAAUCCUGAACCAGACGAGCAUCAGAGUAAUGAUUUUGUAGAGAAGUCCAGCUGUUCAUCCGACUCAGAAAGAGACUGCAUCUUCAUGGCGGAACCUAACGCAGAUAUCAAAGAAGAAAGUGUCCAGCAUCCAAGUGGCGGGGCAACCAGGUUUACAAUUUCCAAAGUAACAGAGGACAAUUUGAUAGGGGAUAAAGAUGAAAAAGGGUAAAAA